CUAGAAACGUAGUCAUGACAGAGCAAUGAUUUCCGGCGGAAGAAGAAGCCGGUUCCGGGUUUUGGCCGACUGCGGGCGUGGAGUGGAUGCUAAGGAAUCUUACGAAGUUCGACUGUAAUGAUUCGUCAUCAAUAUUUUUAUUAAGCCUAUCCGAGAAGGCCCACUUCUUGUUCAAUGGAUGAUGGCAUUUGAGCAGAUACCAAAGAAGGAUUGGUACAGCAUCCUGGGGGCAGACCCAUCUGCAAGUAUGUCAGACCUAAAACAAAAGUAUCAAAAACUCAUAUUACUGUAUCAUCCAGAUAAACAAAGUGCAGAUGUGCCAGCAGGAACAGUGGAGGAAUGUAUACAGAAGUUCAUCGAAAUUGAUCAGGCAUGGAAAAUUCUAGGGAAUGAAGAGACAAAGAAAGAGUAUGACCUGCAGCGGCAGGAAGGUGAUAUAAGAAAUACAGGACCAGUAGAUGCUCAAGUAUAUCUUGAAGAAAUGUGUUGGAAUGAAGAUGAUCACUCUUUUUCUCUGAGUUGCCGAUGUGGUGGAAAAUACAGUGUUUCCAAGGAUGAAGCAGAAGAAGUUACCCUGAUUUCUUGUGAUACAUGUUCACUAAUUAUCGAACUCCUUCAUUAUGGCUGAAAUUGUUCACUAAAUGGGCUCCUUUAACUGUGUAUUCAUACAUGUUGAAGUGCGCCCAUUCAAGUAAAUGUAUAAAGCUGAUAGAAAGAAGCAGGAUUCUUUUUUUUGUCAGCUCUUUUAUUUGCAGAGAAAACAUAAGACUGUCAAGCGAGGGCCACCCUAGGUUAAUAGAAAAUGAACUCAUCAGUUAUUUAUAUGUGUUUAUAAUUUAUAUUUGUAGAUCGCCAAAAUAAAAAAAGGACUUGAAUUAUAUUUUAUGAA